GGGAUCAGGAUGCCGCUUCCAAGGUGUCGCUUGUUAGAGAAACUUCAUUCAAAUGGGGAGAACAAGUCAAUGGAGAAGCUGGAAAAGCUGGCCUGGGGUCCGGGAAUCCCAGCUGCACCUGCGGAGAAAGCGCUGUGCGUGCGGCACACCAGAAGCCCCCGUGCUUUCCUUGUGGCAGGAAUCCGCAAAUAGUUCCCAUGACCAUGAAGGAUGUGAAUCUGGAAGUGCUGCAGAGUGGAGUUGCCUGCCUGCCAGGCACCAGAGACAAGUCCGGGCGUGCCGUGAUUAUAAUCACAAUGAGGAAUACAGUUUGGCUGAACCCACACUGCAACACCAGCGAGCUGACGCGCCUCCUCCUGUAUUUGCGCAGCAUUCUCAGGCCCGAGUGUCAGAGUUUGGGCCUGACCAUUCUGGUGGAUGCUCGGCGAUGCUCUCCGGUACCGGCCCUCUUUAAAGCCUUGGUUGUACUGCAGGACGCUGUCCCCCACUGCAUCCACGCUGCCCUUCUGCUCGUCGAGAAAGACGUCAGCUUCCGGAUGGAGAAACCAGCUUCUGUGCAGGUGGAGCUUCUGACCUCCAUGAAAUCCCUCCACAAGCACAUCGACAGCGCAAAGCUGCCCCUGGAAUUUGAUGGGGGCCUUCCGUACUGCCAUCAGGACUGGCUCCGCUUUCGAAUGCGUCUGGAGCAUCUGCUGCAAGGAUGCCAAGGCGCAUCCACUUUCCUCGCCGGAGCCCUGCAGGCCGUGGAGUCUAGUGGAUUGCCAGACAAAGCAGAGGAGGCCGAUGCUUUGCUUAAACACUACAGGCAGUUAAUGAAGACUGUUCUUGAGGACUCGCGGCUGGUCAGGUUGCAGCUGGAGGGUGGGGCGCUGCUGGCCCGCUUGAGAAAGGAGGAGUCCUGUGUUACUCUGACAGAGGAAUACAGAGAUGCGCUCGAGGCAGCCGCCACGCUCUACAACCAGGUGGACGAAGGCAUCCAUCAGCUGGUGAAGAUUUCCAACAAGCGAAUCCAAGCCCUGGAGCUGGUGACAGACUUUGAGGCCUUUGAAGAGUGUUUCCGAGAGGUCAGCAGCUGGAUCGAGAAUGUUGGCCAGAGGCAGCUGGCAGAGCUGAGCGAGAUUGAUGAUUCUUUGGAGGUCCUGCUUCGAGCACAGAAGCAGUUCCAGGAUUUUGAGCUGGUUGCUAAUGAAUACUGCCAAAGGGGACGAGAAGCUCUGCGGAAGAUGGGCAGGUGGGAAGACUUUUCUUUGACCGAGCUGCACGUGGCGUAUGGAGUCAAACUGCAGAUGUGGAGGAACCAGCUGCAGGGAUUCUACAGCCAGCUGGAGGCAAGCAGGAGCCGGAUUGACCGGACUGCCAAACUCUACGAAUUCUUUGACCAGGCAUACGAGUGGGCACUGGAAGGGAUGCGCCAGCUCGCCAGCGUCAGCAUGGAGGACUGCGGUUCCCGGGAGCACUGCUCGGCAGCCCUCAAAUGCCUGGAGGGCUACAAGGAGCAACGCCCGGAAAUCAGCGAGGCCAGGUUCCAGGAGGCAAAGGAGCUGGCGCGUCAGCUGCAGAGCAGCAACGGCCUCAAGCAGUGGCAGUUUGCCUGGUCCAAGUGCCAGGAGACCAAGCUGGCCUUCGAGAUGAAGCUCGAAGCCGCCCUGAGGACCAAGAGGUCUCUGCAGCCAGAGGGAGAGCGAAGCUUGCCAGGCCAGGAGGGCAGGAUGCCCUCAGAAGGGGCUGCUGCUCGGGGGCCAGUGACUGGCAUGUCUUCGAGCGUCUCUCACUGCCAGGGGAGGCCCAGGCAGCCUUCUGGGUGGGCCAGGGAGAACACAGCGGGCCAGCGCGAGGGCGUCGGAGCCGGGGAACGGAUCGUACUUCAAGCCGCCGCUCCCACCCCGAGCAGGAGUGCUCCUGAGGCCCCCAAGCCACCCGACGGCGCACGGGACGUGAAGUCGACCCUGGAGAGCAUCGCAGAAGCCCUGGAGGCGUCGCCUUCCUGCCCCUCUACCCCCGCCUCAAGGCAGCUGUUUCCCAAAAGGAUCCUGAGGAAGGCCCAGAGUUUCGACCUGGCCUGCUCCGAGAGCCUGCGCUCCACCUGCCAGCGGACGCUGAGCGAGCCAGCCCGCUACGGCAACACGGGGGUCUUCAUCAAAGGUCUGGAAGUCAGCAGCACCGAGCUGGCGGACCGGACCAGUGUGGUCCGACAGCACCUUGGCCCCACCGACUGGGCUGCGGGCUGCGUGCAAGAAGAGCGGAGGAGCAGCGUAUCCUUGCCAGAGGCCAAAAGCUGGGGCAGCAAACUGCGGCAUAUCAUCGACGAGAUGGUGACGACGGAGCAGGAGUACGUCCGGUCCCUGCGCUACAUCAUUGAGAGCUACUUCCCGGAGAUGGAGCGGGUGGACCUGCCCCAGGACCUUCGGGGGAAGCGAAGCGUCAUCUUUGGGAACCUGGAGAAGCUCUACGACUUCCACAGCCAGUACUUCCUGCGGGAGCUGGAGAGCUGCUGCAACCACCCUCUGCGUGUCAGCCACUGCUUCCUGAGACAUAAAGACCAGUUCGGAAUGUACGCCCUGUACAGCAAAAACAAGCCCAAGUCCGACUCACUCCUGGCUAGCCACGGAAACACUUUCUUCAAGUUCAAGCAGAUGCAGCUGGGGGACAAGAUGGACCUGGCUUCCUACCUCCUGAAGCCGAUCCAGCGCAUGAGCAAGUAUGCCCUCCUCCUGAAGGACCUCAUCAAGCAGUGCGGGGAGGCGCAGGAGCAGGAGCUGUUCUACCUGCGGGCCGCCGAGGAGAUGGUGCGCUUCCAGCUGCGGCACGGCAACGACCUCCUGGCCAUGGACGCCAUUCGAGACUGCGACGUGAAUCUCAAGGAGCAGGGGCAGCUGGUGCGCCAGGACGAGUUCAGCGUCUCCCUGGGGCGCAGGAAGUGCCAGCGCCACGUGUUCCUCUUUGAGGACCUGAUCCUCUUCAGCAAGCCCAAACGGAUCGAGGGGGGGCUCGACGUCUACAUCUACAAGCGCUCCUUCAAGACAGCGGACAUCGGCCUUACGGAGAACUCGGGCGAGAGCGGCCUGCGCUUUGAGAUCUGGUUUAGGCGGCGGAAAUCGAGCGACACGUAUAUCCUGCAGGCCAGCAGCCCAGAGACCAAGCAGGCUUGGACCAGCGACAUCACCAAAAUCCUGUGGGAGCAGGCUGCUCGCAACAAAGAAAUCCGCAUGCAGGAGAUGGUGUCCAUGGGUGUGGGCAACAAGCCUUUCCUGGACAUCAAGCCAAGUGAAGCUGCCAUCCACGACCGCGCCAUCGAUUACAUUAUGAAAGGCAGGGGAGCAAGGACCCGGGCUUCCAUCGCCGUGUCUCUGUUUGACCACGCCAACCCCUACAAGAGAUCGCCAGCCCCUCUGCCCACCGGUGGCCCCUCUUCCUGCUCGGUGCUCGGGCCCCUCAACUUGCACAUGUACCUGGAUCAGGCCCUGCUGCCGAGCAUGCUGAGCGCCGGCCAGCCCUUCAACGACGACACUUGCAUCGAGGAGGAUGAGAUGGAGAACGAGACCAGCAGCCAGCCUUCAAUGACGACAGAGAGCUCCGAGUCUUCCCACUGUAUGUCCGGCAGCGGCUCCAGCAGCUCUGACAGUGGCUGCGUCUCCGGUGUUCCUCGAGACAGUUUCUGUGAAGAUCUGGGGUCCCCGCUCUCCACUCCCGUGGGUUCUUCUUUGGCUUCCCCCCUGGAGGAGAAAAGCUGUUUCCCUAAAAGCCAGUAUGUUUCAGCGGUUUGAAUACCAGUUUCUGUGACGUUUUGGAGGAGCCCGAAAGAAGGAACUUCCCUACAGUGCCCCAGAGGCUACCACACUCUCUGGGGAGACUAGUGUCCCUCCAGGUCCACAGCUGACCAGAC